UUAUCUUUGCUGUACUCAUUUCUAGUUGUAUUGUUACAUCUAGUUUUGUACUGAGAAGGAUAAUGUGCAGCAUUCUAUUAUGGAGGAAAAAACAAGCAUCAGUGUCAAAGAUUUUUGAUAGAUUCUUCAUUCUAACGAUUAUUCUGUCCAUUGCGUUCUAUUCCCUUCUGUUUCUUUUCAAUCAAGAGUCAAAUAUGGUAGAUGAAAAUUUCUUUGAUGAGAUCCAAGAAAAUGGUUGGGUGGAAAUAUUAGUCAACAAUCCUGUUUCAGCAUGUUUUUUCCUUGGAUGUGUGAUAGCUAUUAUUUAUUGUAUUGAUAGCUGUGAUACUUACUUAGUUCAUUCUCAGUCAGAAAAUAUAAAUAUUGGAGUAAUGUGGGCUUACUCAGCUUUCAAUGCAUAUUUUCAAGUGCUGUUUAGAGAAUGGUCUGAGUACACUAGGAAAUAUUUGCAAUCUGGCAAUCAAUUGGAUUGCAUGAAAUUGAUUCUAAUUUGCCCUCUUUCAUGCAAUAUUGAUAGUGCAUUACAUGAAAGAUAUGACAGAAUAUUUGAACAAGGUUAUCUUACUGAUGACAUUGAGAAUGAUCAAGGGGCAAAUAUUAACAGGUUGUACAAAAUACCUGUUUACAGAGUUGGAAAUGAAAAAAAUUCUUUUUCUUUGAUUGCUCAGUUUCCCAGUUCACUUGGUACAUUAUGGCAAGUGAAAGAAUCCAUGCCUUUGCAUAAGUGGCUGUAUCAUAGAGAUUCUUUCAUUUCAACCCUCAAGAAGCUCUUGAAAGAUUGUCCUUGUACAAUAUUAGAAUAUGAUGAUACAGUUGAAUCUUCUCAAGAACCAUUAGAUAAAUUUCUAAUUCAUAAGUUGAACUUAAGAUGCUGAUUUUAAUUCAUGGGAUAAAUAGCGUAUAAGAAUGCCACUGUUCUAUUUAGCUGCUCCAAAGAUAUUUUUUUAUGAUUACUGUACAAUUACUUUGUACUUAAUGAAAAAGAACUUGAAUUAACUUCAGUUAAUGGCACACAAGAAACUAAUAGAUGUGGUAAAAAAACGCAAGAAAGGGAUAACUUGAAGAGUAAAAUUUGUAUUACUUAUGAGUAAAAUAUUAUACAGUACAGAACCCGUUAUCCGGAAGUCAGAAAACCGUAGAACCAAAAUACCGGAACGAAAUUCGAUACAUUUCCCCGCCAUUUGUUAAAAAAAAUGUUUUA